AUGGAUUUAGCUGUAUCUAGGGAGGAUUCCGAGGUGCUGUUGAAGGACCGUAACGUUCUGGGUCCGCAGGUGGUCGAUAAGUACCGUGCAGCUGGGCAAGUUUGUCAAACUGCAUUGCAAUAUGUGGCUGGGUUGAUCGACGAUUCGUAUCACAAGGGUCAAGCAGAGCGUUUACCCACGAUCAGUGAAUUGUGCUUGCUUGGGGAUGCGUUUGUCAUGCGCAGAUUGGAACAAUGGUACGCUAAUAAGGUUAAUGAACGAGGUAUCGCACAACCAAUGACCAUCGAUGUGGAUCAAAUAGCCUCUGGCUGGAGUCCCGAGAUUGAUGAUCAGGAAAACAUCAAGGCGUGGAACAAGAAUGCAGAUGGAUCUUUUGCCUCCAGUAUUGAAGGGAUUUUGAGACCGGGAGAUCUGGUCAAGAUAUCGCUCGGUGUGCAUAUCGAUGGUUAUACUUGUCAAUUGUCACACACACUUGUUAUUUAUCCACCAGAGGCCAAUGGCCCAUUGCUUGGUGGGAAGGCAGAUGCUGUUGCAGCCGGACACAUCGCUAUGGAAUCUGUGGUUGCACUGUUAGCAUGUGCUUUGACUCCAGAAAAAUUACCAGCUUCAUUGGGCUCCAAAGAGGUCACAGGUAGUACCAUUAGAACUGUCGUUGACACAAUUGCUCGUGGCUAUAACUGUUGUGUCUUGCCCGGUUCGCGUGUGCGUAGAGUCAGAAGAUUCUUGGCUGGUCAAAAUGAGGGUAUCGUCGCUGAACGUGAGUACAAGGGUGUUGCAUGGACAGAAUCUCACCAGGAGGCUCAAUUACUUGCCCUAGUGGAUCACAAACAGGAAUUGACUGUGGCUAGACGUACUACACAGGCUCACACUUCAGCUGUUCCUUCGGAUGAUUUUGUCGUCAUGCCCGGUGAAGUGUACUUGAUUGAUUUGAAGAUGUGUUCAUUGAAAGAAUGUUCUAAGAAAGGUCUUGUCACUUUAGAACCGGUUGAUUCUUUCACUGGUAAGUCACACCGUGGUGAUAGAGUUGUCGCUAGAGCCGGAGCUUACGUUAGAGAUUUUGCCCAGUCGCAUCAUUUGAAAUUGAAGACUUCCAGACAUUUAUUGAGUAGCAUCGACAAGCAAGGUGUUUAUCCAUUCAAGCUUGCCCAUUUGUCAUCACAGAUGCCUGUUAAUGGCUUAGACGAUGAAGAAUUAAAUGCUUUGAAACAGGAUUUGAAAUCUUACAGACUUGGUAUGAGUGAAAUCUCUAACAACUACUUAUGUGUCGAUGUACCCACACAAGUCUGUAAAUGGGUCCCAUGGGAUCACAUCUUAAAAUCCACCAACUCUAACGGUAACUUGAGUUACGAUGCUACCGCUACGUUGACUUUGCCUGGUCAUGAACUGCCGUUGCCCAAGCUAGGUAUUUCUGCAUUGAAAUUGAAAUCUUUGUUAAACUCCACAAACGAGACCAAGGCCCUACCAGUGGCUCGUGAGUGUUCUACAGUGGUUCUAUGUGAUACAGACGUUAGCACUGGUGACAGACCAGAAUUGUUAAGAUUAACCGGUGGUUCGAAAACCUGCCAUCCAAGUUGGAUUCAUUCAGAAUACGAAUUGGACAAUACAAACUCAAUCGUUCAGGGUAUCUUCCAGCUGUCGGCAUUGACCAAGGAUCACAGAUUCGGUCUCCUAUUGAAGGAGACUCAACCGAUGAAGUUUGCUCGUGACGAAUCGAUGCAGAUGUAA